AUGAAUCUCUCAGGAAGUUUAGCACCUGAGCUUGGCCAACUAUCUCACCUUCUAAUAUUAGAUUUCAUGUGGAAUGAAUUAAGUGGCACCAUACCAAAGGAGAUAGGAAACAUGACAUCCUUGAAACUCUUGCUUUUGAAUGGAAACAAAUUAUCCGGUUCUUUACUUGACGAGCUCGGUUACCUUUCAAAAUUAAAUAGGCUACAAGUUGACCAAAACUAUAUGUCAGGUCCAAUACCAAAAUCAUUUGUUAACUUGGUCAAUGUAAAACAUCUCCACAUGAACAACAACUCCUUCAGUGGUCAAAUUCCGUCUGAGCUUUCUAAAGUACCCACUCUUCUUCAUUUUCAAUUUGAUAACAACAACUUCAGGGGGACUGAGAUUCCAGCUUCUUAUGGAAACCUUUCCCAAUUAGCAAAAAUAAGUCUUAGGAAUUGUAGCUUGCAGGGAGAAAUUCCUGAUUUUAGCAGGAUACCUAGCCUUAGUUAUCUAGAUCUAAGCUGGAAUCAACUGAGUGGAUCCAUACCUUCACAUAGACUCUCUCACAAUAUGACAACAAUCGAUCUGUCAGAUAACCAGCUUAAUGGAUCUAUUCCUGAGAGUUUCUCUGAUCUUCCUUCGCUUCAGAAAUUGUCACUCGAGAAUAAUUUGUUGACUGGUUCUGUCCCUGCUAUGUGGUGGAAAAUAUCUUUUAGUACAAGAGCGAGACUUAAACUUGAUCUCCGGAACAACUCACUGUCGAACAUAUCGGGAGAACUAAAUCCUCCAACAAAUGUCACCUUGAGGCUUGAAGGAAAUCCUAUUUGCAAGAAUGCAAGCAUACAAAAUGUAGGCCAGUUCUGUCAAUCCGAAGCUGGAGGAGAUGGAAUCCCUGAUGGUUCAACAAAUUCAACUCAAACAAUGACCUGCCCUAGUCAAGCAUGCCCAAUAGAUAAUUUCUACGAAUAUGUCCCAUCUUCCCCAGUGCCAUGCUUUUGUGCAUCACCUAUAAUAGUUGAAUAUCGUCUGAAAAGCCCUAGUUUUUCUUAUUUUCCUCCAUAUAGUCAGAAGUUUGAAAUAUACUUAACUAGAUCUCUCGACUUGAGCCUUUAUCAAUUAUCAAUUGAUUCAUUUUUCUGGCAAGAAGGACCUCGUCUACGGAUGCAUUUGAAGCUUUUCCCUAUGUUCAUUAAUCCCCACUCAAAUACAUUCAACUUUAGUGAGGUUCAUCGAAUUAGAGGAGUUUUAACAUCGUGGGAACUUCCUCUAACUGAUUUCUUUGGACCUUAUGAGCUUCUCAACUUCACUCUGCUGGGACCUUAUUCAAAUAUGAUCAUUGACCCACGAAGGAUGGGCAUUAGGAAGGGAAUUUUGGCAGCUAUUAUAACAGGGGCAGUUGCAUCAUUUGUCAUUCUUUCUGCAACUGUCAUGCUUCUGAUCACAAGAUGCUUGAGACACCGGGACAGACCACCUUCUAGGAGACAUUCAUCCUCGAAGAUUACAAUGAAAAUUGAUGGCGUAAAGGAGUUCACUUUCAAAGAAAUGACACUAGCUACCAGGAAUUUUGAUAGUUCAACUCAACUUGGACGAGGAGCCAUAAAGCGUGCAGAAGAAGGAUCCUUGCAGGGUGAAAAAGAAUUCUUGACCGAGAUAGAACUGUUAUCGAGAUUACAUCACCGAAAUUUGGUCUCUUUGGUGGGAUAUUGUGAUGAAGAAGGGGAGCAGGUAUGA